AUGUCUUCCCGCACUGAGCCCAGGAGACGGGACCGUAGCUGGGAGAGAGAAGACCGAGGAGAUAGGCACUCAUACGGAAGUAGCAGUAGAGGUGGUCGUUCAAGAGGCAGUCACUCAUACCGCGACCGCGACGAACCGAGAAGACGCUCAAGUCGGUCACGUAGUCCACGUAGGGAUAGGGUCUCAGAACGGCGAGGUGGACACGAACGCCGAGAUAGGGACUACAGGCGCGACAAAGAUGAUGACCGUCGGGACAGGGACAGGUCUAGGGACAGGGAUAAAGAAAGAGAGAGACGAGUUGAUGACAGAAGACGGGAUCGUGAUGAAGAUAAACGAGAAGUAUCCCGAAGAGAUUCAAGAGAUGGUUCCGUCUCACGAGCAGAGCCAAACGAUCGCAUACCGCCACCUAGAACACAACCAGGGCCUUCUGAGACUACUAAGUCAUCUCAACCAUCUAAGCCCAAUCUUGACCCAGAUGUACCUGACCAUGCUGAAGAAGAAGGCGAAGCUGUUGAUAAUGCAAACGACGACGAGGCAGCUAUGAUGGCCAUGAUGGGUGUAACAGGGUUUGGUAGCACCAAGAGCAAUGUACAGGGAAAGCAUGUCGCUGGGAAUCAGGAAGGUGCUGUUAACAUCAAGAAAGAGCGGACAUGGCGGCAAUACAUGAAUAGGCGAGGAGGAUUUAACAGGCCCCUUGACAAAAUCAAAUGA